AUGCCUUCGGGAAAGAAUACGGACGCUAUAUUUAUGCCCUCGUUUUGCUUUGGUGAAAUCACUCGAGCUGAAAUCAAUUCUGUACUUAGUAUUGCCGGUGUUCCUCUGACACCUCCCAAAAAGACUCCUUUUGUCACAGGUAUCCCACCUAGAAAAAAACCAAGCGAAGAGAAGAAAAUAGAACCUAUAAAAGAAGAUGAAUCAGUGAAAAAGCCUCCGAUAACCAACGGUACUAACAGUCCAGUGGAGACGCCCAAGCCAAAACCAAAACCUACUGCUACCAGUUGGGCUGCUUUGUUAAAGACAUCAGAAAACAAAUUGAAAGCAUCUUCUGCCUCUUCAUCCACCUCGACAACAGCUAGUACCUCUGUUCCAAACAAUGCACCUACAGUCAAUGGCAAGCAGACGCCUAAAACUUCUACUUCUCCUACACCCUCAAUUACACCCAAAUUUACUGGCAUUGCUGACAUCAUUAGUAAAUAUGAGCCUACAUUUAAUGCACCUUUACUUCAGCCUAGGGGCUUGAUCAACAAUGUGAACACAUGCUUUAUGAAUGUGAUCCUUCAACCAUUAUCGCAUUGCCCACCAUUUUAUAAUCUUAUCAAAACGAUCAGUACACAAGUAGCUCAUAACAUCAAAAGCAAAACACCGCUACUUGACUCGAUCAUUGAAUUUGUCAACGAAUUUCAGACGGACCGAUUGGAUAACACUUUGGAACCUUAUGGAGAGCCCUUUGUGCCGGAAUAUGUUUAUAACGCACUACGCGGUCAAAAGAAAUUUGACACUCUUCGUGGUCGUCAAGAAGACUCUGAAGAGUUUCUUUGUUUCCUCUUGGACGGUUUACAUGAAGAAAUGACGAAUGUCUUAAAGGAACGACAAGAGAGAAAAAUGGAAGAAGAAGUAGUAGGUAAAGGCGAAGGAUGGUUAGAAGUAGGAGCAAAGAACAAGACGAGCAAUUUGCGUGCUACUGGAUUUGAGGAAUCACCUAUAUCUAAAAUUUUUGGAGGCAAGGUUCGAUCUGUCUUACGUUGCCCUGGAGCCAAAGAUUCGAUCAACCUCGAACCAUUUCAAUCACUUCCACUUGACAUUCAACCUGAAAAUGUUCACUCUGUGGAGGAUGCGAUCGCAAACAUGACCUUACCUGAGAUAAUGCACGAUUAUACCUCACCCAAGGGAAUCAAGGUGGAAGCAACCAAACAGGUUUACUUUGAGAGAUUGCCAGCCGUGUUGAUUUUGCAUAUGAAACGAUUUGUAUUUGAUAAUGUCGGUGGUGUUCAAAAGCUAUCGAAACGAGUGACCUAUGGGUCGAAACUAGUGAUAAAUCCCGAAUGGAUGGUGCCCGUGUUACGACCGAAUGAAAGCGUAACAUAUAAACUAUUUGGCAUUGUCUAUCAUCAUGGAUCAUCUGCUGGUGGAGGCCAUUAUACAUGUGAUAUCAAGCGAAGAAAUGGUGAAUGGCUUCAUAUCGAUGAUACGACGAUCACUCCUGUCUCUGAGAAGGAUGUCUUGGUUACUGAGGAGAAUACCCGAACAUCCGAAAGAAUUCAUGCUGGUCAAACAGCGUAUAUUCUGUUUUACAUCAAAGCAUAG